UUAAUGGAGUCUGGUGGUGACACAUAUCGCCUAAGCAUGACGAAAAUUCACCAUUUCGUACUACUGUAUGUGAAAUCUGGAUAACUUUUUAUUUUAUUUGCCGUUUGAAUAUAUUAAGCCGUGGAAUAUUAGCACAUAUUGUGCAAAGAUUGACGAAUUGUCACAAGCAGAGCGGAAUUAGCAAGCGAACCCAGCGACAAUGUCGGACCAACCAGGAACUAGAACUCUGCCCCCUGCCCGAACGUCCAAAAGUCACUUGGAGAAUAUUAAAAAGGUGGCUGUUACAAUGCAAGGACAGCAGGCAUUGUUCCUUGAACUUGACCAGAAACGUCCCUUAGCUGCUAUAAUUCAGGAUAUAUGUCAACAGUGGAAGCUAUCUGACCCCGAAAAUUUUGCACUGCAGUUUUCCGAGCAGAAUCGUCACAGCUACAUCACUGAUCAAAAUCGGAAUGAGAUUUCAAAUGGAAAUGUUCUUACUCUGACAUCUUCUCCAGGAAAAAAGGCUCAAAACAUUUAUAGUCAACUGAAUGACAAUGCUAGCCAGCAGGAUAAAAUAUCAGCGCUUCGUGAUCUCUCCAUCUUCUCCUCUGACAUUUCAUUUGCGAUUGAGUUCAUCAACAGGAAUGGUCUCCCCUUGGUCAUAAAAUUUGUAACAUCAGGAAAUUUCAAUGGUGACCCGCUCGCCUACACGCUCAAGUCUUUUGUGUCUCUCAUGGAUCAUGCUAUUGUAUCCUGGGAUGUUUUGGAAUCGGAUUUCAUUCGAAAGGUAGCGGAGUGCGUCAACUGUUCCAGCACUGCUACCCUCGACAAACAAUGUCUGCAGUCAGCGCUUGAGAUCCUGGAGUCUGUCGUCCUUCACAGCACGGGUAAGCAGGCUGUGGUUGAGCAGGUGGUUACCCCUGUCAACAUAAUUCCUCACCUGCAGAGUCGAUACACUAGUCAAGAGAGUGUUAUGAGUGGGCGACCACAAGAACGACGGGGAUCAACGGCAGUGACUACUCAGACCUUUUCCAGCCAAGCUAACCCGGAGAUUCAAAAGAAUGCCAUAGCUUUAAUCAAUGCACUUUUCAUGAGAGCUGAUGCCGAGAAACGGAGGAAAAUAGCAGAUCAAUUACAUUCCAAGAGCAUGAGAAACAUCAUCCUGAGUCAUGUGAUACGCGGAACUCAACAGGUGGGGAAUGAGAUGGCCCAUCAACUGUACGUCCUGCAAGUCCUGUUGCUCAAUCUCCAUGAAGAUCGCAAGAAGACCCCUGCCAAUGCACAUGACCAGACUGUGUUGCGGGAUAUUGAAGAAUUGCGGAGAAUCGCAUUUGAUGUGGACGGUGAUCCCAACAUCAACACAGUCAGGAAAUCACCAAGCUCAGCCAAGGACUACAGGAAGCUGGGAUUCUAUAAUCAGAGCACACCUGUGGAAGAUUUCACCAAGACACCUCCUGGGCUUCUCGCACUGGAUGUGAUGCUGUACUUUGCCCGGAACCAUGGAGAAAAUUAUGUCAAGGUGGUGCUGGAGAACUCAAGUCGUGCAGAUGAGCAUGACUGUCCAUUUGUAAGAGCCAGCAUCAUGCUCACAGAAAUACUGUGUGAUAUUCUCAAAAUUGGUGAACAGCCGACAGAAGAAGGUCAGACAUUUUACCCCAUGUUUUUCUGCCACGACAAGCCGUUUGAGGAGUUCUACUGUGUGUGUAUACAACUGCUGAAUAAAACAUGGCGAGAAAUGAAAGCCACGUCGGACGACUUCCAGAAGGUGCUUGGUGUUGUUAAAGAGCAGAUAACGCGAGCUUUGGAGAUCCACCCAUCUAAUUUUGAUUCACUUCGAACCCGCCUCAAUCAGCUGACUUACUCGGAGAUCAUCAAGAUCUGGGAGCUGGAGAGGCAGAGUAAGGAGGAGUGGGAGUCCCAGGCCAAACCCAUCCUAGAGUUGAGGGAGAUUAUCAAGCCUGAGAUUAUGGACUUGAUUAAGCAGCAACGGUACAACCACAUGGUAGAUGGGGCCAUUUUUACCAAGUACGCCAAGAGCAACCAGAAGAAAGAUCGGUUCUGGUACUGGCGUUUAGCGCCAAACCAUAAAGCGCUUCAUUAUGGGGACUGCCAAGACAAUGCUGUUCUGCCCAUAGAGCAACUGCCCAACAAAAUCUCCAUUGUGGACAUCAAGAUGUUGCAGUUUGGCAAAGGUUUGCGAAUCCCAAAGGAAAAGAGGGAUAGAAAAGGGAUAAGCAGUUUUGCAUUCGCUAUAGUGCCAGACACAACUGACGCCCUACAGUUGGUAGCUAGUUGUGAGAAGGAGUUUGACAUGUGGACGGAUGGAAUACAUGCCUUGUUAGGGCAGGAGAUGACUAGCAGCCAGACAAAUCAGGACCUGGAAACACUGCUGAGCAUGGAGAUCAAGAUCCGCCUCCUGGAGACUGAGGGCAUCACCAUACCCACUGAAGCUCCACCCCUUCCUGCACCACCCAACCUCAACUUCGUCUACCACCUAUGACAUGCAAGAACACUCUAGGUCUGUUUUGUCAAUGCUUACUGUGGACUCUUUGGAAAUGAACAGAAGAGGAACUGAGUUUCUUACAUAUUGAGGAGGAACUAUCAGAACAUGUCCACAAAUCAAGGCUUGCAGCAUUUCCUGGAGGGUUCUCAUUGUAUAUUGUGUCUUGUGUCCAGAGAAUUGUGUCUGUGGAGGGUCUCAUCAUGCAUUGUGUCUUGUGUCUUGAGAAAUAUGUCUAUGGUGGGUCCCACAUUGUGUCUCGUGUCUGGAGAAAUAAUGUGUCUGUUGAGGGUGCAAUAAGUCUUGUGUCUGUUGAACUGUGUGUCUUUGUGCAUUGUGUCUUCAUGCUGGACCGCCAUGAAGGCUGAAUUUGCAUCUUUGAAAUAACCAGAGGAUAAGGUCACCCAACACCAUGUCGUACCCAGGCACAAAUGUGAAGCCUUCAUGUAUGACAUUACAUUUGUUUGAGGUCACUACAGCAAGAAUAGAAGUGUUAUCGAAAGAAUGCUGCUAAUAAAAGUCAAGGAUCACUUUCAGUGUUAAAGAACCUGGUGAAGGUUAACUUUUUGAAGUAGUACAAAACAGAAGGGUUGUCAGCAACAGCAACAAGUAAUGUUUUGGGUGUCGAAUAAUAUCAGAAACAGGGUCUCAGAGACGUUCAUUGAAUAUUGGUGGCAGGUAACGUCAUGGAGAUCGAGACAUCUCCAGGAAGAGGCAUUUGAAGGUGUCAUCAUGACUACUGAAUGAGAACUGAGAUUCCAGCAGCAAGAAUGUAUAAGAAGCCGGACUAUAAUGACAUCGUCAAGCUAAUACAUGGGAUGAAACAUGCAGUGUUUUAAUAUCGGUGGCCAUGUACGAUCCGGCAAAAUAACAAUAUGCAAGGUACUUUACUCUCAGGUCUUAGAAAAUGUUUGCUGUGAAUGAAGAAGUGUCACAAAAACAAAUGGCCGUAUUUUCGUAUGUGCAACCCAAAAAUGACUCCUUAUGCAACAGAGCUGUGCCUAGUAUUGGACACCCUGUGUUUGUGGUGGGGUAGCCCAGUGGUAAUAGUGUUCUCUUGUCACGCCGAAGGCCCAGGUUUGAUUCCCCACAUGGGUACAAUGUGUGAAGCCCAUUUCUGGUGUCCCCUGUGGUGAUAUUGCUGGAAUAUUGCUAAAAGCAACGUAAAACCCACCUCACUCACUCACUCUUUUCGACACUUUCUCACUGAUGUUUAAUGUACUGAUGACAAUACAGGACCUGCACUUCCGUCACAUCAUGGCUUCUGGGUAUGCUGUUUGGGCAUUAUGAACAAUGUCUUACCUUUAUUCUGCUUCCAGUGAUAUUGUCCUCUGAGAUAAAGGAUUACUUCUUUCAUUCUGGCAUGUCAUCAAAAGUGUUCUCUCGUCAAAUGACAACAGCUGGAACAGCAUGAAGUGUGUUAACAUCAGGUCUACAUUUCACGUUGUUCAAUAAGUCAUUACUACAAUGUCCAAUGUGUUUGGGCUCUUAACAGCAACAGCCUCCAGAGGAAGUGACAGAGCAUUUGUUGGAAGUAACAUGUAACGCACACAAAAUACACCUACAACUUGAGUGCGCCAGAGCAAAUCAAAUAAUGAACAGGUGCUUGGCACUUUAUCCAAGCAUCCAAUGCCUUUCAUCUCAGAUGUUUUUAAAGAAGAUUACAAAGCCUACAGUCUGUUGCAAGAAAAGGAAGCUUGGCAGUCCACAGAGAAAUGUCACGAUAUGCCCAAAAUUGAGACUGUUUGUGAGGACAUGCUUAAAAUUGAGACUGUUUUCCUGAAACAUUGCAUUGGAGGCCAUAUAUUUGUGUGAACCAUGAUUUUUGAGAGAGACAGAAUGUCAUCUUUUCCUAAUGGUGCUGAUGAAGUGGUUGGUGUUAGGAAGAUGUAGUGACUGUAGUUAUUGAUGACGCUUCACAAGUAUUGUACAUUCAUCAUCCCCAUCAUCAUCAUCAUCCAAGUGGAGCGUGUCGAUGUGUAGAUACUAAACACAAUACCCAAGGGUCAACAAUGAACAUGAUGGAAAGUGUGCUAUGUUUCUGUCACUGAUACAAAACUUAGACCAGUACCUCCUGGAUUCUGCGAGAAAUUUGUAAAAAAUCUGCAGCAAAUUACAGUAAAUUCUGCAUCCCAUUUUUCAAAAUUUUGCAAACAAUUCUGCAGUUAAAAACUUGA